AAAUAUCCUUUCCUUACCUCUCUAUUUGACGGCAAAUCUUGCGUCAAAUCUUUUGUAUAUCUCAUCUAUUGGAUCUCAGGAGUUGCCGAUAUUGAGACUCCCGGUCCUGAUGCCGUCAGACGAGUCUUUACCUACACUCAAGAUCUUAUUAAUUGGCCCAUCCGGUGCAGGCAAAAGUGCAUUGCUCCUCCGCUAUUGCGAUGACCUUUUCGAUUCUGAGUCCUCAACUGCAACGAUAGGCGUUGAUUUCCGUCUCAAGAAACUUUCAGUCCGCGGAACACCCUAUAGGCUGAAUCUUCUUGACACUGCUGGACAGGAAAGAUUCCGAACUUUAUCACACAGUUAUUAUCGAGGUGCGCACGGCAUACUUCUUAUGUUCGACAUGACGAAUCGCGAGAGUUUCCUGUCCAUGGGCCGGUGGUACGAUGAGGCUGAGACGAAUGCGCUACCGGGAGUGGUUACAUAUUUAGUUGGUGGUAAGUUGGACUGUCAUGACUUUAGGGUAGUGUCUACAGAAGAGGGUGAGGCACUUGCGCAGCAGCAUGGAUCAAGGUAUUGCGAAGUGAGCUCCAAGACACGAGAGAAUAUUCGACGGCCUUUCGUCGAGCUCGUCCAUGAGAUUGUGAAUAACCCCAGCCUGAUGCAGAUGGUGAAAAGACCUGGCGAGGGUGGCAGAAGUCUUGAUGUGAAAAGAGAAGACCCAUAUAUUUUCAACGGCUGCAACUGUUAAUAGAUUUACUAAGCCAAUCGGCCGAAUCCUAUGGUUCCUGAAGAGGUCAUGUAGCCCUCAUCAAAGCCAGUGGCUACUGACCUUCCUGAACUUGGUUUGUAGAUCAGCUCUUUUGGCGCAAUACGGUCGGGUACGGGAUCAAUUAGAGUGUAUUCUUCAAGUCCCACGUUUUUAUAGACAUUCUCCAAUUGCUUUAAAAGCUAUUGCAGCACUCUAGCUUCGGCAG